AGUCUCUGUUCAGUGGGUACUUAGGUUCUCAUUUUUAAUGGAUUAUAAUCUGUAUAAUCCAUUGUCAUUAAAAACCUGUAUGGGUUUUAGUGUGAAUUGCUGUUUUAAGAUUGCAAAAUGUAGUUUGUUAUAUAUGCAUAGAAAUCGGAGGGAGCAUGUGACCGUAAACUAAAUGCGCUGUCGUCAUAUGCGCGGACAGCUCGUUUGUCGAUCGGUACGGCUGCUGCUGGGAUCGGAAAUUUAUUCUCGCGCAAAAUGGCAGCCAGUACAAACACAAACACGAUUCCUUGGUCAAAUACCGAAGAUGACUAUGAAAUAGGGGAUGUAAUCGGUGUUGGUGCCACAGCAGUAGUGUACAGUGCAUACUGUAAGCCAAGAGGUGAAAAGUGUGCUAUAAAAAGAAUAAAUUUAGAAAAAUGGAAUACUUCGAUGGAUGAGUUAUUAAAGGAAAUACAGGCAAUGUCAAGUUGUAAUCAUGAGAAUGUCGUUACAUAUUAUACAAGUUUUGUGGUGCAUGAUGAGCUGUGGUUGAUCUUAAAGCUUCUUGAAGGAGGCAGUCUUUUAGAUGUCAUCAAACAUAAAAUAAGAGUAAGCAAUUGUGUCAAUGGAGUUUUUGAUGAAGCUACAAUUGCUACUGUUUUAAAGGAAGUGCUAAAAGGUUUGGAAUAUUUCCAUAGCAAUGGACAAAUCCACAGGGAUGUCAAAGCUGGUAAUAUAUUACUAGGUGAAGAUGGAACUGUGCAGUUGGCAGAUUUUGGUGUUUCUGCAUGGCUGGCUACUGGUAGAGAUAUGUCUAGACAAAAAGUUAGACAUACUUUUGUUGGUACACCAUGCUGGAUGGCACCAGAAGUCAUGGAACAAGAUCAUGGCUAUGAUUUCAAAGCUGACAUUUGGUCAUUUGGAAUAACUGCCAUAGAAAUGGCUACAGGAACUGCUCCAUACCAUAAAUACCCUCCAAUGAAAGUGUUGAUGUUGACAUUGCAGAAUGAUCCUCCUAAUUUAGAUACAGGAGCUGAAGAAAAAGAUCAAUAUAAAGCUUAUGGGAAAACAUUCAGGAAAAUGAUAGUGGAUUGCUUACAAAAGGAUCCAACCAAGCGUCCAACUGCUACAGAGUUGUUAAAGCAUCCUUUUUUCAAAAAAGCCAAAGAUAGAAAAUAUUUAACUCAAACUUUGGUUGCCAUAGGGCCCAGCAUGGAAACUAGAGUAACAAAGGCAAGCAAAAAGCAUUCUGCUACGUCAGGUCGUCUUCAUCGUACAAUGACUGGAGAAUGGGUGUGGAGUGAAGAAGAGGAAGGCGGUGUUGAUUCCGAUGAUGAUACUCCUACCAAAGAUGAUCAACUUCCUAUGAACAAGAUUCAAAAGGCAGAAUCUAGUGCCAGUGAAAAUGAAGACGAAAUUUCAACUGAUUCUAAGCAACAGCCAGUUCAGCCGCAACAAACACAGCCUCAAGUAGUCCAGGCGCAACCACUAUCGAAUAUGUCUCAGACCCAAUCACUACAGGCAUUGCCACAACCACACCAAACACAGCUACCUGCACAAAAAUUGCAACUAGAUCAACCGCUAUCUCAAUCUACAUCGCAGCAGCCGCAAGCUGCGCAGCCACAGCGUCAAGUCGUUCAGCCGCAGUUAUUGUUGGCACAGCCACAAUCCCAACCGCAAAUUAUUGCGUCGCAACCGCGAAUGAUGCAAUCGCAGUCACAAAUGGUUCAGCCCCAACCACAGUCGCUACAGUUACAAUCACAAUUGGUGCAGGCGCAAAAUCAAUUACAGGCGGCAACCACACAACCGCAAUCAGCACAGAUGCCACCGCAAUUGGCACUACCACAUCCUCAAUUGGCAUUGCCACAAUUGCAAUCAGCACUGCCACAAUUGCAAUCGGCUCUGCCACAAUUGCAAACAGCUCUGCCACAACUACAAUCUGCUCUGCCACAACUGCAAUGUGGUGUAUCACAGUUGCAAUCGGGAAUGCUGCAACUGCAGUCAAAUUUACCCCAAAUGCAAUCGGUAUUACCCCAAUUGCAAUCGUCAAUACCGCAAUUACAACCAGUACUACCGCAAAUGCAAUCAGCACAGCCGCAACCUCAAUCAGCACAGCCACAACCCCAAUCACCACAGCCGCAACACCAAUCGGCACAGCCGCAACCCCAAUCGGCACAGCCGCAACCCCAAUCAGUACAGCCGCAACCCCAAUCAGUACAACCGCAACCCCAAUCAACACAACUGCAACCCCAAUCAGCACAACCGCAACUACAAUUGGCACAGUCAAACCCGCAAUCAACACAGCCAAAACCCCCACCAGUGCAACCAAAACCACAACCAACUCAGUCGCAGUCGCAACCUGAACAACCACCAAAAGCACAACCUGUUAUUAUGAAGAUUGUUCCCACAGUUGUCAAUUUGGUCCUAAGAUUGAGGAAUUCUCGCGGCGAGUUAAAUGACAUUCGAUUUGAGUACGUCAUUGGGAAGGACACUGCUGAAGGGAUAGCUUCAGAACUAGUAGGUGCUGGGUUGAUUGACCCUAAUGAUUCAGUGCCUAUAUCGUCGAAUUUGGCAAAACUACUUAAUGGCCAUGUUGCUGCUAUGCAGACCGCUCCUAAAGCUAUUACAUUCCAUUUGAAUUCAUCCAGGCCCAAUCAAACUUAUGACGACAAAGCUUUGAUUGGAUUUGCACAAAUAACAAUCGUUGAGUAAUGUUGAAGAUUGGGUAGCAUUGGUGUACUGAAUAUAAUGAACAAAACUAGGACAAGCUUCUAUAUAAAAACAGAAAACUAUUGAUAACUAAAUUCAAGAAUGAAGUUUUUUGAGCAGAAAUUGAAACACUUCCAUAUGAAUUUUAGGCAAUUGAAGGUCGUAUUGUAAUUUUUCUAUAUGUUCGAUAGUUUUUAAUUUAUGAAACCAUUUAUAUUAGAUUUCAACGGUUAUGAACAAGCUGGGCUUAGUGACUUGCAAUAUUUUUAUAUGUUACUUUAAAUCGCUGGUUAGUGUUCCAUCAAACCAAAGAAUCGUAGUCUUAACAGAUUCAAUAUCAAACUUAAUUUAUAGUGGAUAGUGUGCUGUGUAUGAAAUACAGAAUUCUAGUUAGGAUAGCUUAAACUAGAACAGCAUGCCGGGAAUUAAAUUAAAUUAUAUGUUUAAAACAGGCUUGAAUGAAGCUAGAAAGAAAAGUAAUGAUCUUGAACUAUAGUGCAGGGCUAUUAAGAAUUUUUAUAGUACUGAGUAAAGUGAUUGAAAGACUGGUGAAGACUUACAGUACAGGUAUAUAUUAAAAAGGGAAUUUGAAAAGAAUGAGUUUUCAUUAUAUUUUGGAUCUGACUGUCGAUUUAGCACAAAAUCCAGAAACAUAGGCACAUAGGUUAUUGGUAGUACUAUUUGAUUUAUUUUUGAUUAAAUUAAAUUAUUGAUUGAUUUUUUAAUAAGUUCAAUUGUUGGAUUUAUUAAUCUAUACUGCCUGUUUCAAAUUAAAUAUACUUAAAGGUUUUUUUCUAGGCACACUUUGAUGGUUCAUAUUAAAAUUUCUGUGAAAUUAUUGUACAUCCAUUCCUCAUCUGUAAUAUUAGUAAUAAUAAUUCUGGGAAUUCCAUUAUCUUGUAUUGAAAAACAAUGUAUAUUACUUUUUACACCUUUAAAUUAUCAGACGCUGUUUAAUCAUAGAGUGAACAAAAGAUAGUACCUGCCUAUUUAUGCCGUGCAGUAGAUUUGCCUUCUGAUUUCGGGAACAGUAGACCAGCCGUUAUACAAUAAAAUGAGUUCAUAUCUGAAGGUGUGAGGCGUCAUUUACGUUGUAAUAUCUAUAGAUUGCUGUUCCCCCUAACAUCUGGCGAUUCAUUUUAGGCAACGGUCAAUGGAAUUUAACAAAUAGGUAGGUACUACUACUAAUAUUAAAUGUACUUUUGUUAAUAAAUCCUUAAUUUUUUAGAUUAAUUGAAUUCAAAUCCUCAAAUUUAAUGCACUUUUUUAAGGCGAGUAAUAAGUGCAAAACUUGUUUCGUAUGUACAAAUUUAAUAAUUAUUUUAGUGCAUCUUCUUUGAAAUAGGUACAGAUUCUUUCUCUGAAAGGUUAAAUAUGAAAGAAAAAGGCUAAUUACUAAGUUAAGCACUUGGUCUUAGAAAAAGUAUGUUCAUGAAGGCGUAAUCUAAUGCGAAGGAAUCUGCAUGAUCCCCCAUUGCACGAGGUCGUCGACCUCGGGCGUCAGCUGAUCUGAUUAUUUCAAAUCUGGAAUUAUCAGCAUUACUAAUUACUAUCUCUGUUUCUGGGGAUUGUUCCCCUUGGACAUUGUGUAACUUUUAAUCCCCUUUCCUUUUAAAUUAAAUUCAUAAACUAUGAAAGGUACGUGAAUUUACGGUUUUGAUGUAUUUUAGUGUAAAGACAACUGAAAUAAAUAGAUCAGUUAUGAUGAUAAUGAUUUAACAUCAAUAUACAGGGUGGCCCAUAAGUCCUUUGAUAUGAAAAAAAAUUUAUUAAAAUAAAACUAAUUACAUUAUGAAUUAAAUUUUUAUUUACAUAAAAAGCUUAAAAAACGGGAAUUAUUUUUUGAAAAUAACAUCUCCUAAAUGUAAUCCGUUGCGAUCACGGCACUCUUGCAAACGACGUCUAAAAUUGUCGAUGACUGCGCGGCACGUCACUGCUGAAAUGCUUGUCAUUUCUCUGCGGAUGUUUUCUUUUAGGGCCUCAAUUGACUGCAGGUUUGUGUCGUAUACUUUAGCCUUAAGGUAGCCCCACAAAAAAAAAUCCGUCGGAGUCAGAUCUGGACUACGUGGAGGCCAGGAAAUGUCUCCUCUCUUAGAGAUAACUUUGCCAGGAAAAAGUUGACGGAUAACGGGCAUAGCAGUGUUAGAGGUGUGAGAAGUGGCCCCAUCCUGUUGAAACCACGUCCUGGCAUUAAAGCCUGAAAAGUUUUGCAAUUCUGGUAUGAAAAACUCUUCGAUCAUAGCCACAUAUCGCUCCGACGUAACAGUAACUGCGCGCCCUCUGCCAUCCUCAAAGAAGUAAGGCCCUAGGAUACCAUGGGCUGACAUAGCGGCCCAAACAGUCACUUUCGGACUAUGUAAGGGCUUCUGAUGCUUAAGUUUUGGAUUGAUGGGGCUCCAAUAGCGGCAAUUUUGUUUACUAACAUGCCCGUUAAGAUGGAAAUGAGCCUCGUCAGAGAACAUUAUGUUAUUGAAGGAAGUAAACCGAUUCAACAUUUCAUUCGCAUAAUUUUGUCUUUGAAUACCGUCAGUUUCCUUUAAUUCUUGAACCAACUGAAUUUUGUAAGGGUGCAUAUGUAAAUCUUUCUUCAAAAUCCGUUGUAACGAUGUCCUGGAUACGUUUAAUGCUCUGGCGCGCUUACGAGUUGACUGUGUCGGAUUUUCGCGAAUAGACUGUGUCACUGUGUCUAUGUUUUGUUCCGUACGUGACGUCCUUGGGCGACCCAACCGCGGUUUAUCUAACGUCGAACCGGUCUCCUCGAACUUAGCAACCCAGUUCUUAAUCGUUUGAAGAGUUGGAGUGUCGUCAAAGUUGUGUAAACCUUUGUGUUCUCGAAAUUUACGCCGCGCAACGGUUGCCGAAUUGUCGUUUUUAUAAAACUCGCGCACACAAAACGCACGGUCCGCUCCGGUAAAACGCUCCAUCGCGACUAAAUUCCCAGACACCGAAGUUACUCCCCCCGCUUCCCCUGCACCGCUCACGCGCGCCCUGUUCGUUUUAUUCAAAUUUUACUUUUCAAAGGACUUAUGGGCCACCCUGUAUAUUUCCUCGGAAAUGUGCUUUAUCUUAUGUCGCAACAUUUAUACUAUAAUAUAUUAUACAUUGAUAAAUUUCCCUAAACUCGUACGAGAUUUAAGGUUUGUAUAGUUUAAUUACAGUUUUCGCUUCAGAUUUGUGGUGUUUUUUGUUAAUUUCGCGAUGAAGAAAUAUUCUUAAUCUCUAUAUUAAAGGGUUCGAUCCCUUUAACAGUAUUAAAUGUUAAUUUAUAAAAAAAAAAUAACUCUUUUUGUGACUUUUAGUCACCUUAUAAUGUAAUCUCAUCUUAACACUAGUUUGGAAUGUAAUUCAUUACUUAAUGUAAGGUUAUCAAUAAAAUUAUGAUAGUAAUUUGAUGUUUAUGAGAAUCUCCAUAUUGCAUUUUGCAAAAGAUUUUAAAUCUUAUAUCUUGAUUAUUAUAGUAGUAGUAAGUUAUUUUAGUUUCGUAAAAAAAUAAAACUCUACUAUUUAAAUGUACUUAAAUGUGACGUUAAGCAGUUUUACGUUGAUCCAAGGUAAAUGUGUAAGAUACCAAAUGGUAUGCAAAUUAAGUUUUUUUUUUUUUUAUAUGUAACGAAUGGCCAUUGACCAUUUUUAUUUCGUUGCAGUAUUUUCCGUCUGCGUAACUCAUAAUCAGUAUUGAGAACAAAUGUAAUUGUGUCGCGCUCACUCACUGUCACGCAUUCAUUUAGCGAAUGCCUCGGUUACGUAUAAAUUUAGCACGUGUUUAACAACAAGCUCUAGUGACUUUAUUCGUUAUUAUUGGAAUUGUCCGAGACUAUUGGAUCAAUAUAAAUCAGCUCCUACUAUUAUUAUAUUACUACAUACUACUAUUAUUACCUAUUAUAUUGUGUAUACUUUAGAGAUAAAUAGAAUAUAUUUUAUUGAAAAUUUAAUCUAAUAAGGAUUGUUGUCUAGCAUGCUUAUAAAGUUUAACUUUACUAAAAUAAUUUUAUUUUGCUCUGAAUUAACUAGUUUAGACAACGAGGCCGCAGAUAAUUUUUUGGACCGCACUCAAAGCUAAUUUGACGAAAAAAAUCUUUUAGACUUUUUGCAGUAUAGUUUUUUUGUAUUGAUAAAAAAAAACUGUUUUCAAUUCAUACAAGAAAAUACGUUUGAUCAUGUUACUUUAUCGGUAAUUGUCCUCUGAGUAUCAUUGUCUACGUAAUUAAAACAAAUAAAUGACCUCUAGAGAUAAUCUGAUUAAAUUAGAAAUACCACAUUAAUUACUUUGGUAGUGUCCUUCAUCUUUCGUAUAUAUUUUGCGGUUAACAAAGAUACUUCAAAAAUAAUUCAAUAAUAAACAAAACUAAAAUGAAAUGCGGAUGAUAAAUGAACCUACCAUUAGUAUUGAUUUUAUUUAUAAGUACAGUAUUUUGACAAUAAGAAUUCUAAACAUAUCUUGUAAGAUAUCGUUAUUUUGAAAGCAUAUCCAAAAAUUGCGUAUUUUUGUAGCUAUUGAUCGAUUUAAUUUAUAAAUGUGUGAUUAAUUUGAAACAUUCGAUCAAUUAAUGUUGGACUGAAAAUGUAUUUCGAUCUAUUGCAAACCAACUAAUUUUUGUAGGCAAUUAAAUUAACCUGGCUGAAGUUGAACUUUUGAAAUAAAAUUAACUACUAUUUUAACAUAAAUAGCUAAUAAGUUGGCAUUCGACCGCGAUGUAAUGCAAAUUUUACUAGACGAACCACGUGACGCGUAUCAGCUGAUUUUCAACUGUUUAAAAUUGGGUGCAAUGAAAAAGAAAAUAGUAUUAUAAUUUUUUUAAAUUAAUUUAUUAGUCGUAUGAUAUUUAAUAAUACAUCGUGUAUAAGACAUUAAUUCAUAACAUAAACGAAAAAUAAUACUGAUUUGCUAAGCUAAACCAAAAGUAAGGUAAUGUAAUUGUUAACAUUAUCAAAUUUCGUGAAAUCGCAUUUUGGAAAGCAAAGGUGCUUCAUAUUUCACACGACAUUGUUAACACCGCGCUUUUCUUCAUUUUUCGAUUUACAGGUGACCGCCAGCUAUCCAUAUUUUGUUUAGAUUAGUUAGUCGUCGUUCAUUGGUGGAAAUACGAACAUAAUCAUUGACAGCUCAAGAUUCCAAAUAAUUUUAUGUUUAUAUUUUCGCUUGCAUUCUGUUAUAGAUUUUAUACCUAAUGCAAUGUCGGGAAACAUCUGAAAUAUUCUUUUUACUUAUAGUUGAUAUUAUACUGACAAAAUAAAAGAGCUAUUGAAAAACAGAGCAGAAAAUGAUACUUAAUUAUAGCGCCGUGUCUUUUUUUAACCGACUAUUUCCAGUUUUUAUUUAUUGAUAACACUAAAGGUCGUCAAUAGCUAGUAAACAAAACAGAAAAAAAUCGAAUCUGUUCGAAAACAGGAGAAAAUAGUAUUUAUAUUUAACUGUUUUCGUUUCACCUUUUUUAUAUUCACCUUAUUUAUAUAGAUUAUAAAUUUGCGUUUAUGCUAUCCGUAGCUUUCCUAUCGCGCGAUGCGAAUUGCGUCAGCUUCGAUAGAAUAUGAACAGCGACGAUACGUUUAGCAAUUAAGUAAUCUGCCUGAAUUUAAGUUAUUUUAAAUUUAUAUCAAACUUCCUUUUUUUUUCAACAACAUACGCAAUUAAAAUCUCUACAAAUUAAAAACGUUCCAAUUAUUAUAAUUUGUGAUUUUAUGAAAUACGAAGGAAGUACAAGUAUUCAAUAAUUACUAGAAUAUUCGUGUCAAAUGUCAAUAUGUGGUUUGUUAUUAAAAAAACUUAUCGCACGUAAAUGCGCGUUCGCAAAAUUUAUCCGCAUAUCGCGGGUGACCUUGCCAAUAAUAAUAUUCUUUAAUUAAUGAAAUAAUAUGACCAAAAAACAAAACGUUAAUCGAUGAUAUAUUUUUCGACAAACAUAGUAUGAUGUGUAUUUUACUAUUUUAUAAACUAUCACAAACUUAAAGUUACUUUCUUAGUAAAUUCGUUUACUCAAAAUAUAUUUUAACUGGAAAAGACAAAACAUUAAAGUAUCAGUUUUUCAUGUGCUCUCAACCCAUCAAUAUUUUUGGCUGUUAAGUGUAAUAAUGAUUGAAAAUAUUUAGUUUAAAGGUUUCCUUUCGGAAAAGUUAUUUUCUUCAAAAAGACUAAAUAUAAAAGAAGAGAAUAAAUCACAUAAAAUAAAUUUAAAUCUUAAGCUGUAAUUAUGGUCGAGUUUCUAUCAUUGAGCUUACAGUACCUGCCCAUAAGUGUGUUAAAUACUCUUUAAUGUUUGAUAAGUUUGUUAAAGUCAACGUUUAGUUUAAUAACUUUUCGCAUUAAAUAAAAAAAAAAAGCAACGAACCUUUCGAACAACUCACGUAGAGAAAUUAUAGAAAGGAUUCAACCACUACUAGAACUUAUAAUAAUUAUCUGCGGAUCUUAUCUGUUCGUACUGCAAGCAUUUAUUAGAUUAAGACUUUCGAUUAAGUGAGCACGCGAACCAAUGGUUUGAAGACAUCUUUCGAUCACGUGAUAUCCGAAGUACGCAAACUCAACGAAUAAAUAAUAAUAGACUUUUAAAAAAAUACGAGAUUUCUUCGUUGACGAUAAAAAUCUAUUUGAAUCUGUUGCUCGGGUUCUCUUUUUUUUUUUAUACAUGACUAGAUAACAUACUCCUUGGUGCGGACGAUGUCGCGUAACUGAUUGAGCUAAAACCGAGUUGCCACGUUGUAUAAAACGCGAUUUUUUUUAAAUCGCACGUCUAUCGGUAACUAGUUAACUAGAACCAAAGAACUUUAAUUAUGCUGCAUUUGCAUCUUCCUUAAUAUAAAUCUCAUAUUAUUAGAUAAGAUUAUACAUAUAAGAACAAGUACAUCUCUGUUGAUCAUUCAACAUGUAUAAUACGGUUACCUGUUGCGUUAGAAAUAAGAUCUGAUUUAUUUUUUAUUUUUACCACAAUAAUAUUAUCAUUAGUACUAAUAGAAACAUGUGAAGUUCAUUUUAGAACUGAAUUAUCUAAUAAUACUAUCUUCAUACAUAUGUUUUGUAGAGCCAUAUUAGUAGUACCCAAAGUACCUGUAUUUAGAUUUAAAUAUAAGAUAUUUUUUAAUAUCUAUCGAUGGUCGUAGGUGUUAGCUUAGUUAUCUUAGUCUUCGAAUAUGUAUUCUCAAACUUAUAUGGAAAUAAGUAAUCCUAUUUUUGUGUGUUAUAAUCUAAAUAAAACGAAGUAAAUGUUUAUUAAAUUUAUGGAAAUAC